UCUCCCUCCUCCUGGUUAAGGCUAAGCCUCUAUCCAAGCAUUACGCUCAGAGGCGAGCAUGGCCAUCCUCGCAUUUCCGCUAGUCAUCUCAUUCCUCAAGCCCCAUACCUCGCGCCUCUGCCUCCUCCGCGCCGGCAAGCCCCAUCCCAGCCGCCUCUACACGCCACUCGUCCCCCGCCGCCACUUCAUCCGAACCGCCGACUCUGCAAUAAGCACCUCCUCGACAAUUCCACAGCAUUCGUCUACGGGACCCAACAACGAGCCCCUCAGAGCCUCCGUCCCUACUUUCCAACAAGCCAUUCAGCGCCUCCAGGAAUAUUGGGCUUCGGUUGGAUGUGCCUUGAUGCAAUGCAGCAACACAGAGGUUGGAGCUGGGACUAUGAAUCCUCUAACAUUCUUAAGGGUUCUUGGUCCAGAACCGUGGAAUGUUGCGUAUGUGGAGCCUAGCAUUCGACCAGAUGAUAGUCGUUAUGGUGAAAACCCAAACAGACUUCAAAGACACACGCAAUUUCAGGUUAUAUUAAAGCCUGAUCCUGGAAAUUCACAAGACCUUUUUAUUCGUAGCCUAUCAGCUUUAGGUAUUGAUGUUAGUGCGCAUGAUAUACGAUUUGUGGAGGACAACUGGGAGAGUCCGGUACUUGGUGCUUGGGGUUUGGGCUGGGAAAUCUGGAUGGAUGGGAUGGAGAUUACCCAAUUCACCUACUUCCAGCAGGCUGGAAGUCUACAAUUGUCGCCCAUAUCUGUUGAAAUCACUUAUGGUCUUGAGCGUAUAAUUAUGUUACUACAGGGAGUUGAUCAUUUUAAGAAAAUUCAAUAUGCUGAUGGAAUUACAUACGGGGAGCUGUUUUUGGAGAAUGAGAAGGAAAUGAGUGCAUAUUAUCUGGAACAUGCCAGUGUCCAUCAUCUUCAGAAACACUUUGAUUUUUUUGAGGAAGAGGCUCGUUCCUUGCUUGCUUCAGGCCUUGCAAUCCCUGCGUAUGAUCAGCUUCUAAAGACAUCUCAUGCUUUUAACAUCUUAGACUCAAGAGGCUUUGUUGGGGUAACAGAGCGUGCUCGUUAUUUUGGUCGGAUGAGAAGUUUAGCUCGUCAGUGUGCACAACUUUGGUUGAAAACAAGGGAGUCCCUUGGACAUCCACUGGGUAUCGCUUCUGACCCUUUUCAUGUUGUGUGUCCUAAAGAGCUUUUGGACGCAGCUGCCAAAAAGGUGAAUGAUGAUUCAAGGUUGUUUGUUCUUGAAAUUGGGACUGAAGAGAUGCCACCUCAAGAUGUAGUUGAUGCAAGCAAGCAACUCAAAGAAUUAAUAUUGCUGGUAUUAGGAAAACAACGAUUAAGCCAUGGUGAAGUGCAAGCAUGUGGCACACCUCGCAGACUCCUGGUUUGUGUUGAGGAUCUUUGCAGUAAACAAGCAGCGGAGGAGGUUGAGGUUCGAGGACCUCCGGUUUCAAAAGCAUUUGAUCAUCAAGGAAAUCCUACAAAGGCUGCUGAGGGUUUUUGCCGUAGAUACUCUAUACCACUGGAUUCAUUAUAUAGAAAGAUUGAUGGGAAGACAGAGUAUCUAUAUGCUCGCAUAAUGGAAUCUGCUCGACUUGCUGUGGAGGUUUUGUCUGAAGAAUUACCCAGUACCAUUGCUAAAAUAUCAUUCCCAAAGUCAAUGCGCUGGAACUCUCAGAUCAUGUUUAGCAGACCUAUUCGUUGGAUUUUGGCCCUCCAUGGAGAUGCAGUUGUGCCAUUUACGUUUGCUGGAGUUUUGAGUGGAAACCUGUCUUAUGGUCUUCGUAAUACUCCUUCAGCUACUGUCACGGUAGAAAGUGCAGAAUCUUAUGCAGAUCUAAUGAUGCAAGCUGGCAUCAAUGUUCAAAUUGAGGAACGUAAGAAAAAAAUUUUGGAGCACGCUAAUGCGUUAGCAAAAAGUGUCAACGGAGACAUUGUUUUUCGAGAGGGCUUACUUAAUGAGGUAGUAAAUCUUAUUGAGGCGCCUGUUCCAGUUCUUGGAAAGUUUAAAGAGUCCUUCUUAGAGCUUCCAAAGGACCUUUUAAUUAUGGUUAUGCAGAAGCACCAAAAAUACUUUGCUGUGAGCGACAACAGUGGAAAGCUGUUGCCAUACUUCAUCGCUGUGGCAAAUGGAGCAAUCGAUGAGGUUGUAGUUAGAAAAGGAAAUGAAGCUGUACUCAGAGCUCGCUAUGAAGAUGCUAAGUUUUUUUAUGAGCUGGAUACAAAGAAAAAAUUUUCAGAAUUCCGAAGUCAAUUGAAAGGGAUUCUUUUCCAUGAAAAGUUAGGAACAAUGCUGGACAAGAUGAUGCGCGUUCAAAAUAUGGUUUCCAAACUAAGUUUUGCCCUGCAAAUUGAUGAAGAUAUGCAUCAAGUUGUCCAGGAUGCUGCAUCACUUGCUAUGUCAGAUCUUGCUACAGCAGUUGUCGCAGAAUUUACUUCUCUCUCAGGAAUAAUGGCUCGCCAUUAUGCUAUUAGAGAUGGCUAUUCUGAGCAGGUCGCAGAGGCCUUGUUUGAGAUCACACUUCCUAGAUUUUCUGGGGAUAUUCUUCCAGAAACUGUUCCAGGGAUAGUGUUGGCAAUUGCUGACAGAUUAGAUAGCCUCGUUGGCUUAUUUGCUGCUGGUUGUCAGCCGAGUUCUACUAAUGACCCGUUUGGCCUGCGAAGAAUCUCUUAUGGUCUUGUCCAAGUGUUGGUGGAGAAGGAUAAGAAUAUGGAUCUAAAACAAGCUUUGCAACUUGCUGCUGAUGCCCAACCCAUUAGAGUAGAUGCUAGUACAAUAGAUGAUGUACUUCAAUUUGUUUCUCGGAGAUUGGAGCAAUUUCUGGUUGAUAAGGGAAUAAGCUCAGAAGUGGUUCGUUCUGUCCUUGUAGAGCGUGCAAACUUGCCUUGUCUGGCAGCAAAGUCAGCAUAUAAGAUGGAAGCCUUGUCAAGAGGUCUACUUUUUCCAAAGGUUGUUGAAGCAUAUUCUCGCCCAACAAGAAUUGUCCGUGGAAAGGAAGUGGACUCUGAUAUGGAGGUUGAUGAGGCUGUUUUUGAGACAAAUGAAGAGAAAGCUCUAUGGGGCGCUUUCUUGUCUGUUAAGAACAAAAUCCAUCCCGGCAUCGAGGUAGAUGAUUUUGUUGAAAUAUCUUCCCAACUAGUACAACCACUUGAAGACUUCUUUAACCAUGUCUUUGUAAUGGUGGAAGACGAAAGAAUUAGGAAGAACAGGCUGUCUCUGCUCAGAAAAAUUGCAGACCUUCCAAGAGGUAUAGCAGACCUCUCAGUUUUGCCAGGAUUCUAAGUUAAAAAACAGUACGGGAUAUCAUUUUUGUAACUGGAAAGGGUUCGUACAUAUACGUUUUGUUUACCCAAUUGAGGCCUGUAAACAUUUUGUAACAGAGAAUUAUUGUCUUAUAAAUUCAAUAAUUUAUCAGAGAA